AUGGUCUUUGUUGCCUAUGCGCUGAUUACAUGCCUUUCCCUCUCUGCUCCGGUGUGGUCUGCGGCUCUGAAGCUUAGGGAUGCCGCUCCGGUCGUCCAAGUCAAAAAUGGAUCCUACUCCGGUAUCCACAACGCAGAAUUCAACCAAGACUACUUCCUCGGGUUGCCGUACGCAAAGACUGCUGAGCGAUUCCGUAUCUCUGAGGGCCUGGACGCAACAUGGAACGACACCCGCCCCGCCACGCAGUACCCCAAGCACUGCAUCGGUUACGGCGGGGACAUGAUCGGCUACGAGUCCUCCGAGGACUGUCUGCACCUCAACGUCGUUCGCCCGGCCGGCGUAAGCCCGGACGCGAAACUGCCCGUUGCAGUCUGGAUCCACGGAGGCGGUCUGUACAUGGGAGGCUCGGCCGACAAGCGUUACAACCUCUCCUUCAUCGUCGAUAACGGUGUCAAGCAGGGUACUCCGCUCAUCGGGGUCAGCCUCAACUACCGCCUCUCCGUGUUUGGGUUUCCCGGCGGCAAGCAGGCCCUCGAGGCCGGCGCCACGAACCUCGGCUUCCGGGACCAGCGCCUGGCGCUGCACUGGGUUAACGAGAAUAUUGCGAGCUUCGGCGGCGCGCCGGACAAGGUCACCAUCUUUGGCGAGAGCUCCGGCGCCGAGAGCGUUGCGAACCAAGUGUUGGCAUAUAACGGACGCGACGACGGCCUCUUUAGAGCGGCGGCCGCCGAGUCCGGCUUCGGAGGCGUCAUCCCCCGCGGGUCUGGCGGCUUCAAUUCGACCACGUUCCAGACGAACUUUGACCAGCUUGUCGGCAACAUAACCUCGUGCGCCUCCACCGCCGGCACUCCUGAGUCCUUCGAGUGUUUGCGCACAGCGCCACUGGAGGAAAUCAACGCCGUGCUCAACGUGACGGGCUCCCCCUUCACUUUUACCCCCGUCAAGGAUGGUGACUUCAUCACCGACUUCGCCACCAACCAGCUCGCCCGCGGAGACUUUGUCAAGGUCCCCAUCCUCAUUGGAGCCAAUUCCGACGAAGGUACCUCCUUCGGUACGGGUAGGGGUCCCAACGGCACCGUCAACACGGACGAGGAUAUGGCGUACGCCGUGGCCAACAUCAUCCCGUCGCAAGCCAACGAAACGACGGGGAAGACUAUCGAUGAGCUCGUCAAAGAGGCCUUGGCGCUGUAUCCGAAUGACCAGGCCGUCGGCAUCCCAAGCCUCGAGAUGUGGCCGCACAUCAUCCAGCCCGGCGAAGAUAUUGCCGUUUCACGGGGCCUACAGCAGCGCCGCGCCGCGGCCUUCUUUGGAGACAUGUACAUGGGGUUUCUGAGACGGAGAGCCAACACCGUUUGGGCGGAGAACGGCGUGCCCUCCUUCGCCUACCGCUUUGACAUCAGGCCGAACGGAUUUCCAGAAUUUAUUGGCUCCACCCACUUUACAGAGGUCUCCUUCGUCUUCGACAACGUCAAUGGCAUCGGCUACGCCACGAACCCCUUUGGCGGAAACGACACGACGUAUACGACCAAGGCUGUUGCAAUGGCAAAGACCAUUUCGACCGCGUGGGUCAACUUCUUCGUGUCCCUCGACCCCAACGGCGCGCCGGGCCUGGGCGAGUGGCCCGUCUACGACGCCAAGAAUGAGGCCGGGGUUGGAAGCGACGUGGUCUUCGGUAUCGACGGCCCCUUCGUGGAAACGGACGACUGGCGCAAGGAGGGCAUGGACUGGAUGAUGGAGCACGCGCUGGACAUCUUUGGGAACUGA